AUGGAUGCAUCUCCAUACGUCUCGCGACUCUCAAGCCCGAAUAGGUUGAUACGGAACCUCGGUGCGGGGAUGUGGGCGCUGAUUAGUACUGUCAGGCUCACUAUUGUGACUACCGACUCCGCACCUUUGGGGCAGUUCGACAUCCAGGGCGUCCUCCCGUCUCUUGUGCAAGGGUUUAGCGAUCGGAGUCCCCCAAGGCAGAAAUAUGACCGACGUGCGGGGCACAAAACUAUCCUAGAUCACGGGAGCAUAUUCAAGGGCCUUGAUGAUAUUUAA